AUAAAUUGUGUGCUUCACUCUAUAUAAUCUCAGUAGUUUAUUCUUUGAUGUUAGUCAGUUAUUCUACACUAUCAAAAUGCCUUCACGUGAUUAUAAAGAUGACUGCAUAAUUCUUGAUGAUAGUUUUGAAGGACAGUCAGCAAAAAAUUUCGUUCUACCAUCAGACUAUGCAAAAUAUAUUGAGAGCAUAUUAGUUCCGAAUGGAAUGAUUCUAGAUCGUAUCAGUAAAAUGGCUCGUGAUAUAUUGAAUGAAUAUGAACGGUCUGGCACAGAUACCGUCCACAUUAUUUGCAUACUGAAGGGAGGCUAUCAAUUCGCUUAUGAUCUAUUCAAAUGUUUACAUAAGUAUUCAGUUACGCGUAACAAAUACGUAAGAAUUUGUAUUGAUUUCAUUUCUGCGAGCACAUACGUCAAUGAUUCAGUCGGUCAUGAUACCAAAAUCAAUCCAUGUACAAACAUGGAGAAGUUCAAAGAUAAGCAUGUGCUCAUUGCUGAAGAUCUGGUCGACACGGGUACAAGUUUGAACAAUCUGGAAAAAUAUAUUAGAAAAUACGAACCAAAAUCGAUCUGUUCCACAUGGUAUGUACUAAUCAUAAUAUACUUUCGCCAGAAUUCUCAUGAAUCCAUUUUAAGAGAAUUCCAUGAACAUGGUGAGAUGAAAGUUAAGUGUUUGAAGAAAAAGAAGAAGAUUCAUCUUGUAGUUUAUCUUACUUUCACUUUAAUCAAAACAGAUAUUCAGUCUGUAUAGAAACUGAUGUCACCUAACAGAUCUGUGGCUCCGUGUGUGUACUAUUAGCAAAUAAUUAGUUUCGUCUGUAUACUUUGGCACUAUCUCGAUACUCUUUCGAUACCACAAGAUCGCCAACAAAUAAACAUUCAUUUCAGGAUCCAAUCUUAUUCCUUGUUUUGGUUUCAUAGAGGGAUUUCACCUAGUAACUGGAACGUGAUCGGUCUGUAGUGUUGAUCAUAGUCAACCUCGACUCCUGCUAAUACAGACUGUAGAUAAUCGACAUAUUGACCCGAUGUUGGCUUCGAGGUCCCGAACCGAUUCAUAGUGGGAUAUGGUAUCGACUACAAUGAUUGUUUCCGUGAUGUGCCGGUAAGUGAAGAGGACAAUGGAAGUGUUAUUGUUAUCGUCUUUGUGUUUAUAAUUUCAUGUAAAAUGACCACGUCGAGUGUGCUGAGUGAGAUCUGUUGGUGAAUGAUGAGUAAGUAUGGAUGCGAGUUAUUAUGUUGAUCGACAAGUGGAACAUGCACCACUUCAACAGUCCAAUGUGGCACAAUGAGAAAAGAUACACACACACACACACACAAACAACUGCCUGAACGAGCCAACUGAGAAUUUACAGUGAAACAUGUACAAGCACCAUCAUUAGAUGAAAUAUUCCACUGACCGAUGUUUCGCAUCUGUCUGGUGUUCGAACCACACUCUCAAAGCUCAUUUCCACAACGGAUUUUGUCAUGUGAAUAUUGAAUGCAUCAACUAUAUGUUCACAUGGCCCACAGAAGAUGUUAAUGCUGCUUACUUUUUCUCUUUUCAUCAUUCCUACUGUCAAGCAUGUGUGCUCGGUGAACGAUGA